AUGGCCUUAUGUGAGAGUCAAUUGGAUUCAGCGUUGCCACAGUUGAAGCAAGAGGAAGGGUCCUCGCCCAGCAGUGAGAGUCAGGAGUCCCCUGAGAAGAAACCAAAGCUGGAGCCCAAUGGAGAUAUAUAUGGGCUUAACAAAGUGCCUGGUGGGUUGCCGCUGAGCGUGGACUACCGGUCGCCGGUGUCGCACUUCGUGCCGCCCGCCGUCGAGCUGUACGCGGCGAGACACAAGCCGGAAGUUAAUACAGGUAAGUGA